AUGGCCUUAAACCACCAUACCCAUGCCAACAAGGGCGGCCGCCACUACCGUCCCAAAGACUACUUACGUGCCCACAACAAGGCCCGGGCGAGGGUGGGGGUGGGGCCCCUCGUUUGGAACGAGACGUUGGCAGAGUACGCCAGGGCCUAUGCUGCAGUACGUUCUCAAGAUUGUGAAAUGCACCAUUCAGAAUGCCCGUAUGGCGAAAACCUAGCGGCGGGGAGUUGGCAGGUAAACGCGAAGGAGGCUGUCCGCAUGUGGGUCGAUGAGAAGCAUUUGUACGACGUUAAAGACAAUCUUUGUCAGGGAGAAUGGAGUAGUUGUUUGCAUUAUACGCAAGUAGUUAGGCGAGGCACUCAUUCCGUUGGAUGCGCUCACAUUCCGUGCCCGGAGGAUUGGACCUUUGUGAUUUGUAACUAUGAUCCCCCGGGCAACUAUAUCGGAGAACGUCCCUUUUAA